GGUUCCGGAGUUCUCUUUCCGGAAGUGACCUGUAGGGCCCCGUGGCCGCAGCGUGACGCGGGUGCCGGCGUGUUAGAGAGAGCGCUAGAAGGACCCGGCGUGGGUUACCCCAACUAGAGCAAAAGAUACUUGGGAACUUGUAGCUGCGGGGACCGAGUCCUACGGCGUAAACCUCUGCCUGCUGCAGCAUGCCUCAUAAGAAGAAGAAGCCAUUUAUAGACAAAAAGAAAGCUGUAUCUUUCCACCUAGUACACCGAAGCCAGAGGGAUCCUUUAGCAGCAGAUGACACUGCACCUCAGAGAGUUCUACUGCCUGCACACAAAAGAGAAGAUGAGGAGAGGCGAGCUGAACAAAGAAAAUAUGGAGUCUUCUUUGAUGAUGAUUAUGACUACCUGCAGCACCUGAAGGAACCAUCUGGGCCCUCUGAGCUGAUUCCCUCAUGCCUUCAGAGUGAUGUACAAGAACAAACAUCAUUGAUUGCAACUCCUGGAAUUAAGUUGCCUUCAUCUGUAUUUGCAUCAGAGUUUGAAGAAGAUAUAGGACUAUUAAAUAAAGCAGCUCCUGUAUCAGGUCCUCGAUUGGAUUUUGAUCCUGACAUUGUUGCAGCUCUGGAUGAUGAUUUUGACUUUGAUAAUCCAGAUAAUCUGCUUGAAGAUGAUUUCAUUUUACAGGCCAAUGAGCCAACAGGAGAAGAUGGACAGAUGGAUAUGGAUUUUAGGAGAUACGAUUUCAAAGAUGACAAUCAUGGAAAACAUAUGGAAAAUGACAGCGAUGAAGAUGAUUAUGACUCUGAGGGUGUAUUAUCAGAUGAAGAAUUAUCUAUCUAUGGAGAAAGUCAAAAGGAUUUGUUUUUGGAAGAAGAAACUAAGAGUCGCUUCACAGAUUAUUCUAUGACUUCCUCUAUCAUGAGGAGGAAUGAACAACUGACUUUACUAGAUGAAAGAUUUGAGAAGUUCUUUGAGCAGUUUGAUGAUGAUGAGAUUGGAGCAUUGGAUAAUGCAGAAUUGGAAGGUUUUAUUCAUGCAGAUAGCAACCGGUUACAAGAGGUUCUGAAUGACUAUUACAAAGAGAAAGCAAAGAACUGUGUCAAAUUGGAUACUCUUGAACCCCUUGAAGAUGAUAACUUACUCAUUAAUGAAAAAGAUGAGGAUGAUGAAGAAGAAAUUGUUACUGUAGUUCUUGAAGAGCCCAAAGAGAAAUGGGAUUGUGAAUCUAUUUGUAGUACAUAUUCGAAUUUAUACAAUCAUCCUCAGCUUAUCAAGUGCCCACCAAAGCCCAAACACAUCCAGAUCUCCUCUAAAACAGGAAUACCUCUAAACAUCUUACCACAGAAAGGACCUACAGCAAAACAAAUUGAACGAAUGCAGAUGAUUAAUGACAGUGAUCUGCCUAGAGUAUCAGUCCAACCACGUUGUAAAAAUGAAACCAAAGAAGACAGAAAAGCGAGAAAACAAGCUAUAAAAGAAGAACGUAAGGAACGCAGAGUGGAGAAGAAAGCAAACAGAUUAGCCUUUAAAUUGGAGAAAAGAAGACAGGAAAAAGAGCUGCUCAACUUGAAGCAGAAUGUUGCUGGUCUGAAGCUCUGAUAAUGGAACAUUGAGACUGGCCCUUUGUACUGCUUUUGUGGACUCUUUGCUGAGUAUCCCUUUUUGGACUGAACUGUGAGAAAAGACAAAACUGAUUCUCCAGCCAAUUACAGGAAUAUGUACAGGGAAAAGAGAGUGUUUGGAUUGUUUCAUGCCAGCACUUUUUUAAAUGAACAUCUUUUUGCAAACAUUAAAUCAGAUUGCUUUGAUAUGUAGAUUUUUCUUUCCCAAAAACAAAAUAACUUUAUGAGUAUGAAGUAUUUAUAAAUAUCUUGUCAAAUAACAUUUGAUUAAAGAAACUCUAAUGGCA